AUGUUAUCACGGCACUUCAUCAUUGAUUGUUCUGGUUUAACCUUCGUGGAUUGUAUGGGUGUUAGCACCUUGAAAGAGGUGUAUUCUGAGAUGAGAAGUCGAGGAAUUUUAGUUUAUUUUGCAGCAGCUAAAGGUAGGCUUAGCAUUGCCACCAAAAUGAAUAUUUUGCCGAAAUUUCGCUAUGCAGCUGCUGUACGUGAGCUUUUUGAAUCGAGCGGCUUCUACUCGUUUGUGGCUAAAGAGAACUUCUAUCCAACUAUGAGAGAUGCCGUCGCAAUCGCUCGGACAAGGCAACAAGCGUAA